CGCAAACCACGAUCCUGCAUGCAGCCUUAACAAUCCUUGAAGGUGUCUGCAAUCACAAUUCGAUCGCUGUCACUGCAUACGUAACACAGCACGCGACGCCUUGGCGAAUCUCAAACAGCCAGCACAGCAAAGCACAGCACAGCCGGCUAGGUCAAUCAGGAUCAGGACCGAGGCACACUCAACACUUGUGCAUCUCCUGCUCUAACUAGGUAGCCGCCGAACGCAGCCUAGAAGCUGACCGACUCCUCUUGGUAUAUUUCAGCCGCAUCCCUGGGUCUUCUUCUCGCCAUGCCUCCUACAGUCUCCAAGAUCGAUACCAGCUCUCCCACCUCUUCCAAGCCAAGGGUUACAAUGACGCCUACAUCUGCUCAACCGUUGUCCGAGGAUGAGAUCAAGGCUUUCAAGGAUGUCUUUGCUUUGUUCGAUAAAGAUGCGAGUGGAACCAUCACCGCCCAUGAGCUCGGCGAAAUCAUGCGCUCUCUGGGCCAAAACCCAUCCGACUCAGAGUUGCAAGACAUGAUCAAUGAAGUCGACAUCGACCAUUCAGGCAGCAUAGAUUUUGAAGAAUUCCUCAAAAUGAUGUCCACCACCGUCAAGGCACAUCACUUCGCCGACGAGACCCGCGCCGCCUUCAACGUCUUCGACAAGGACGGCAGCGGCACCAUCUCCGCCGAAGAAUUGCGCCAGGUCAUGAAAUCUCUGGGCGAGAAUCUCACCGACGCAGAGAUCGACGAGAUGAUCGCCGAGGCCGACAAGGACAGGAACGGCACAAUAGAUUACGAGGAAUUCGUCCAACUCCUCUCACCCAAGCCAUAAAACGAUUAGCCUCCACUACCCUCGAUAGCCUUGACCACGGCAAACUAUACUCCCCUUCGAACCGAACGACAUUGCGAAUUUGCUUUCAUGUUGCAAACUCCACGAUCGCUGGAACGGCCUGAUCACUCAAAUGCGGUGCACCCCAAACCUAAAACUUAACAAGGACGACGACACCCCCUGCCCCCAAUUGGAACGAAGGAAAUGUAAUCGGACCGAUGCUACUCCGGGUAUUCAAUUUUUCUUUCUUUCUAUUUCUGUUUCCGUUUCCGUUUCCUACAAUAUACACACACAGAGCGCGCGAUGAAGGUAUCUGCAACGGCGGUUGACUUCUUUCAUGAUUCUCCGUAUUACACGACAUAGUAUCUGGUUAUCACGAAUCUGCAGAAGCGAUGGGCCAGAAGGAGGAACGGGGAUGAUGGAACCGCAUGAAUCAAUGGGUGGUGAUGGUGGUGGUUAGAACCGAGGAUGUAUGCUUCGAAGGUACUUAGUAGAUGAUCCCUGGGAAUUGGAAAGAAGGAUAUUAUUUACGACAAGGUAGCCUGGAAUGAGUGAAGGUCCCCAAUUUGAAACGAGAUAAUCUCCUGGACGACUGAUGCUACGACGUCUCUUUUGUGUCGUCUUCGAGCCUUACGUCCAUCUUACUAGUAUUCUGAGCAC